AAUUGGUUGAGGAAGGUGAUAAUGGACCACAACUCCAAGGUAUUUAGACAUCGCUACUGUACAUAUUCACACCUUCACCUCGCAUACUCAAACACAUACCGCCACCUGUAUCGGACUGCGAUAUUCGUAUAACCAGGAGACAUGGGAUUUCGUGAGGCAUCCAAGUUUACAAGAAUUGCUUUUGGGUUGGCGGUUGGAGGUUUUUUAACUGACAUUAUCGGAUUUCCCUCACCCUACUGGAUUGUGGGGCCGUUCUCGAGUCAAGGCCUCUUUCAGGAAUGCGCCCUUUAUGGAUGUUUUUCGCUCCCAAUGGAUUUAAUGCCAGGAUGGGAAAAGGCAGUGAUGGCGAUGGAGGUCCUCGGGUUCCUGGCCUGUCUCGGCUGUUUCGUGCUUAUGGUGCUGUACGCACAUGUGAAGAAUGACCAGACGAUCUUGCAGACUAUGGCAAUUGGUUUGGCGUUUGCUGCAGCUGGACUCAUCCUCCUCGGCGUCAUCAUCUACGGUGCUAAACUGUCGGGCGUUACAUUCGGUUGGUCAUUUGGGAUGACAAUAGUGAGCGGUCUGUUCCUGAUUGGUGUAGGGGCCCUCAACAUAGUAGAUAAAUUCUCAUCCCGGUGAAGAACAAUGUAUUUUCCUCUUACUUACAUACAAUUAUACAUAUGUAAGAUAGAUACACCCCAUCCUUUCCUUUCGCUGUCAUAGGUUGUCACGAGUCAAUAAAAAUAUGUUUGU